AUGAGUUUACACUUACUGUCUGUUUCCUCCUCAACAGAUAGCUGUGGCUACACGUCGGGCUCCGAGAGCGAGCAGGGGGAGGACAGCGAGGGGGAGGCCGGCCUCCGCAGAAUGAGGACCAAGUUCACAUCGGAGCAGAUCAACAGACUGGAAGACACCUUCGGCCGGCACAAGUACCUGGGCGCUACGCAGAGGAGGAAGAUCGCCGAGAAGCUUAGCCUAUCUGAAACUCAGGUGAAGACCUGGUUUCAGAACAGACGGAUGAAGUUGAAGCGAGACCUCCAGGACUCGCGCCCCGAGUUCUUCACUGCUCCGCCGGGUCUACUACCGCCUUUUCUGUACGCGCCCGCUCCUGCGUUUCAGCACCACCCGCUCGGCGGUCAGCUCCCUCUCUACAACUCUCGCGACGGCUCCCCUCAGCCAGUUCGCGGGCUCUCGUACCCCGCGCAACAGCUGGUGCACCAGCAGCACAUGCACCCGCUGGCUCCCCCCUACUACUAUUAAACCCCAGCGUGUUGAACACGUUGGCCUGAUGCUUUUACAUCUAGAAUCUAGAUAUCUCCCAGCCAUUACUCUUAAGAGUUUUGUUCUUAAAUUGUUUUUUACAAGCACUAUCUUUUGAUCAAAUAAGCAUUUAUGUAGGCCGUACGGAGUAGUUUGCUUCUAAA